GACACUUUCCAGUCCAUGCUUUUUUACUGAAGGAAACCAUUUGAAAUGACUUAGGCUUCAAUUAAUCCCAAAUUCUUCACGUCCCAUAAUAAGUUUCGUCCACUUGCUCCACUUGCUAAUAUAUUAAUUAAAAAUUUUUAGACGACUUUUUUAUUUGUGAAGAAAAGGAAUAAAUGGUGGAGUAAUUGGGUCUGGACUGGUGGCAACAUUGUUGACUAUAUUUUCGUGUUAUUCAUCGGAUUAUCCAGAUUUAUUCGCAGUGUUCUCUGCUUUAGUCUCAUAUAGUGUUGUGACGACCAAUGAAUCAGGAUGGAUCCUCGGGCAUCUCCAGGAGUCAUCAAAAAAGAGUGAAUACUUCUAGAAGAAUUUUUACGUGGAUUGUCAGGACAAAUUGAAGUAUCCUCGGUGAAGGAUAUUUCUAGUUCAAAUUGUUAUUUCAUGUGUGUAAUUGAAUUCAUGAGAACAGUGGAAAAUCGUGGGACUUAAGUUGAGAUGGCAGAUUUUGAUGCUAUUUAUGAAGAGGAAGAGGAGAAUGAACAAAAUUCGGAAGAUCAUUAUGUUACCAUUGUGCCAGAUCCAAUCGUCGUUCGAGGGGCUGGAAAUAUGACAGUGUUUGGACUGAGCAACCGGUUCGAGGCUGAAUUUCCAAAUGGUCUUGUUUCCAGAGUUGCGCCUGAAGAAUUUAAAGCCACAGUCAUGCGGGUUAAUAGUGUACUCAAAAAAACAUUGCCGGUUAAUGUUAAGUGGCUGUUCUGCGGAUGUGUCUGCUGCUGCUGCACACUGGGGUGUUCAUUGUGGCCGGUUGUUUGUUUAAGCAAAAGGACGCAGCAUUCGUUGAAUAAACUUCUUGAGUGGGAAAAUAGUCGACUUUACCAUAAACUGGGAUUACACUGGAGAUUGACGAAGCAGAGGUGUGAUAGUUCAUCGAUGAUGGAAUACGUACUUCUCAUUGAAUUUAUCCCAAAAAUUCCCAUAUACCGGCCUGACUAGGCCUCAUACCAUAAUAAUUCGAACAAAUUCAAAGAUCCCUGGGAUUCACCUGAGCUCGAAGCAGCAGCAUGUCUGCAAUGAGAGAAUAUUUUUGUAGACACGAAUCACGAAACUACAUGUCAGGGUGCGUUGUAGAUACAUCGGUUAUAGAUCGAUAUUAAUUCACAUGAAACAAUGCAGUAGAUUACUGCCUCUGUGUUUUGUUGAAAAUAGUGGGUAAACUUUUAUACUAAAGCGUAAUGCAUCGGGAGACAACAGUUUAUUACACAUUAUCACUUUCAUUAUUUCUAUCGUUGAAAGAGAAUGCACAUAAUUAUAUUCAGAAAAAGUGGGAAAAUGCAAAUUUCAGAUAUUUUUAGAACUACCCGGAACAAAAUAAUAAAUCGGAAAUUGAUUAGUGAUAAGGGAAUUUGCGGACAGGAAUUAUUCCAUUUUAUUGGCUAUUCAAUGAGACGAAUGAAUUUUCAUUUCAAAAUAAAAUGUAAUAUUCUUUUGCCCCUAUUUCCGAUGUUAUGUUAUAUGUAUUCUAUUCUUGAGAAUAAAUUUUAGAGGAGACGACUGGACUCUUCAGGCCGUGGGAGAUUAAUUCAGAGCGAAGUGUUGGGAAAAGGUUAAUGUCCGAAUUUUGUAGAGAAUAUUGAUUUCAGGAGGGAAUCUACUGUAUUUUUACGAAAAUUUAACCAACAGAAUAAGUUCGGUGAAAUUUUCAACUUGAAUCGAUAUUUUUUUAGAUAAAUUGACAAUUGAGAACAUAUUACCAAAUUGUUCAUGGCAAGAGGACCACAAUCGUCUUAUUUGCCUCUUCCAGCGUUGAUCGUGUCAUUUAUAUAUUAAUAUUUCACGUUUUCACAUCAUUGAAUUCGUUCACAUCGUUGAAAUCACACGUUGCACGCAGUCUUUCAUCUCAGUUAACAUGAGCACGAAAUCUUGAGGAGAAAAUCCACCGGUAAAGAUUUCAAAAGUGAUUUCUGUCCUUAGAGGGCUGUGAUGAGAGUUAAGACUAGCGUUAUAAUUUAUUUGAAAUCAAGGGCCUUUUUAAACAUGAUACAGACAUCGUUUUAUCAACUGCAGCGUUGAAUAGUAGAGAUUUUUGAAAUUUUUUGACGAUUAUUUGUUGCAUCGCUUUACCUUUGUUGCCUUCGCCAGAAAAAAGUCGUCGCUAGAUCGACGGACUAACGAGAAAAUGAUCUCGAAUUUGUUUAAGCAAUAUUUUUCAUUGUAUGAAUAAUAUAAGUAUGAAAAAGUAUACAGCGGGAAAAUGCCCGUGAUUUUUUUUUGUUAAUUGUACGUUGUUGGUGAAUUAUGUGGAGAACACGUCAGCAGGUGAUUUAUUAUUUAAUCCCUGAGUGAGAAAUAUCAUUCGAGCGAAUAUUAGUCGUUCGUCAUCGAGUAAAAUCCGUGAAAGAAAAAACUGAUAAAAUGAUAAACGUGGUGUCGACGUGUGCCUUUGCUCAUUAAUCAUUUGAGAACCUAAUGUAUAGUCAUCAGUUCCUAAAGGAGAUAAUUGUAAAUAACUCAUUGCAUCAGUUGUAAUCGAACGCUUACAUCGUAGAAUUAUCGAUACGUCAUAUCAGAAAGGAUAGGGGUGUAACUGAAAAUAAUUCAUCGUUCUGCUUACCAUUGAGAGCGUAACGCAGCAGAUUAACGUGAUAUCGAACGAAUAAAGAUAACUCAAAUGAA